AUGAGAAACUUAAAUCUUUUUCUAUUUUCUGUUGUGCUUAUACCGUCAAUAUACGCAGCAGCUCGUUGGACAAAACCGGAUUGUACCUCGCAGCCGGAUGGUGCGAUUUUAACAGAUCCACGUUCUUGUCGACAUUUCUAUCAGUGUUAUAUGGGUCGAACGUUUCGUAAACGUUGUGUGGGCGGCUUUUAUUAUGAUGAGAAAAUGAAAUUGUGUAAUUAUCCAGAGUUUGUACAGUGUAGUGGUCGUGGAGUAAGAAAGCCAGGAUCUAGCCUAUCAGUUACAACUAAAGCACCAUGUAAUUUAUCAACUAAACCAACUACCACAACAUGCAGUCCUCCAACAGAACCACCAACUGUAGCACCAUGCAAUCCACCAACAGAACCAACUACCACACCAUGCAGUCCUCCAACAGAACCAACAACUGUAGCACCAUGCAAUCCACCAACAGAACCAACUACCACACCAUGCAGUCCUCCAACAGAACCUGCAACUGAACCAACUACCACUCCAUGCAAUCCACCAGAAGAACCUGCAACUGAACCAACUACCACACCCUGCAAUCCUCCAACGGAACCUGCAACUGAACCAACUACCACUCCAUGCAAUCCACCAGAAGAACCUGCAACUGAACCAACUACCACACCCUGCAAUCCUCCAACGGAACCUGCAACUGAACCAACUACCACUCCAUGCAGUCCACCAGAGGAACCUGCAACUGAACCAACUACCACACCCUGCAAUCCUCCAACUGAACCAACCACCACUCCAUGCAGUCCACCAGAAGAACCUGCAACUGAACCAACUACCACACCCUGCAAUCCACCAACGGAACCUGCAACUGAACCAACUACAACUCCAUGUAGUCCACCAGAAGAACCUGCAACUGAACCAACUACCACACCCUGCAAUCCUCCAACGGAACCUGCAACUGAACCAACUACCACUCCAUGUAGUCAACCAGAAGAACCUGCAACUGAACCAACUACCACUCCCUGUAGUGCACCAGAAGAACCUGCAACUGAACCAACUACCACACCCUGCAAUCCUCCAACGGAACCUGCAACUGAACCAACUACCACUCCAUGCAGUCCACCAGAAGAUCCUGCAACUGAACCAACUACCACACCCUGCAAUCCUCCAACGGAACCUGCAACUGAACCAACUACCACUCCAUGCAGUCCACCAGAGGAACCUGCAACUGAACCAACUACCACACCCUGCAAUCCUCCAACGGAACCUGCAACUGAACCAACUACCACACCAUGCAAUCCACCAACAGAACCUGCAACUGAACCAACUACCACACCCUGCAAUCAUCCAACGGAACCUGCAACUGAACCAACCACCACUCCAUGCAGUCCACCAGAAGAACCUGCAACUGAACCAACUACCACACCCUGCAAUCCACCAACAGAACCUGCAACUGAACCAACUACCACUCCAUGCAGUCCACCAGAGGAACCUGCAACUGAACCAACUACCACACCCUGCAAUCCACCAACAGAACCUGCAACUGAACCAACUACCACUCCAUGCAGUCCACCAGAAGAUCCUGCAACUGAACCAACUACCACACCCUGCAAUCCUCCAACGGAACCUGCAACUGAACCAACUACCACUCCAUGCAGUCCACCAGAGGAACCUGCAACUGAACCAACUACCACGCCAUGUAGUCCACCAGAAGAACCUGCAACUGAACCAACUACCACACCAUGCAAUCCUCCAACAGAACCUGCAACUGAACCAACUACCACACCAUGUAGUCCACCAGAAGAACCUGCAACUGAACCAACUACCACUCCAUGUAGUCCACCAGAGGAACCUGCAACUGAACCAACUACCACACCCUGCAAUCCUCCAACGGAACCUGCAACUGAACCAACCACUACUCCAUGUAGUCCACCAGAAGAACCUGCAACUGAACCAACUACCACACCCUGCAAUCCACCAACGGAACCUGCAACUGAACCAACUACAACUCCAUGCAAUCCACCAACAGAACCUGCAACUGAACCAACUACCACACCCUGCAAUCCUCCAACGGAACCUGCAACUGAACCAACUACCACUCCAUGUAGUCCACCAGAGGAACCUGCAACUGAACCAACUACCACACCAUGCAAUCCUCCAACAGAACCUGCAACUGAACCAACUACCACGCCAUGUAGCCCACCAGAAGAACCUGCAACUGAACCAACUACCACACCCUGCAAUCCACCAACGGAACCUGCAACUGAACCAACUACCACACCAUGCAGUCCUCCAACGGAACCUGCAACUGAACCAACUACCACUCCAUGUAGUCCACCAGAGGAACCUGCAACUGAACCAACCACUACACCAUGCAAUCCACCAACGGAACCUGCAACUGAACCAACUACCACUCCAUGUAGUCCACCAGAAGAACCUGCAACUGAACCAACUACCACACCCUGCAAUCCUCCAACGGAACCUGCAACUGAACCAACUACCACACCAUGCAAUCCACCAACAGAACCUGCAACUGAACCAACUACCACUCCAUGCAGUCCACCAGAAGAACCUGCAACUGAACCAACUACCACACCAUGCAAUCCUCCAACGGAACCUGCAACUGAACCAACUACCACACCAUGCAGUCCUCCAACGGAACCUGUAACUGAACCAACUAACACUCCAUGUAGCCCACCAGAGGAACCUGCAACUGAACCAACUACCACACCAUGCCGUCCCCCAACAGAACCUACAACUGAACCAACUACCACACCAUGCAAUCCACCAACACAACCAACAACACCACCCUGCAAACAAUCAACUCAACCACCAACUACGACACCCUGCAACUCACCAACAAACCCUCCGACUACAACACCAUGUCCUAGCAAACUCCAAAAACCACAGGCCGCCAUAACACCUCAAAAAAAUAUAAUACGCAAACUUUUGGGAAAAUUCCACAAUUCACCAGCGACAACCAACAAAAAGGCAGCUACUACUAUUGAUGAUGAACGCAUUCAAAAUUUGUGUUUAAACAAACGACCCGGUACAUUUAUAAGAGAUCCUAAAGAUUGUGCCACCUACUAUAUGUGUAACUUACACCAAACUAUUGUAAACAAGUGUCCACAGGGUCUGUACUUCGAUAAAGAGAAACGCUUUUGCAACUUUGCCAGAUAUGUAAAAUGUGACAUUGAAAAGUAA